AUGUCGGGGCGCGGAGUGUGGCUGCGGGCGCGGGCGCAGCUGCGGCGCUUCCCGGCGGCGCUGGCGGCCUGCGGGGACCAGGCCGCGGCCUACGGGCGGUGCGUGGCGGCGGCGGCGGCGGGGCCGGCGGAGCUGCGGCGGGACGCGUGCCUGGCGGAGUUCCAGGCGCUGCGGGACUGCUUCGCCCGGGCGGCAAAGGCGACGCCGAAGUGACCCCGGGGCCCCCCUCGCCUGGAGAUGCUCGUGGGAGGAAAACCCUCAAACCACCGAUUUGUCCUCAAAUGAUGGAACCCGGUCCCGGAGCUGCCCACCCGCUGCCCGGCCCGGAGGAGGUGCAGCCCCGUGAAGGUCACAGAUCUAUUUUUAUUUAUUAAAGUAAGAAUUCAGA